CUCCCAGCAAGUCCAAGUCUAGGGUAUCAUCUCGGACCGUUAUCAUACCAACACUAAAUUACCUUUAUAAAUGGUCCAAUUGGCUCUGAGGUUAUUGGUAGCAUCUACUUAUAUCUUUUGACCAUCUCUCUAGGGCAGGCCUUUCUUCCCUGCGUGUCGCGAAGGUGGAGGGGCAAGGCUAGAUCAGAGCGCACUGGAGCUUCCAGGCGAAAGACGACGAACGAUCUUGAUUGUCGCCCAGGUAACAAGACGCCUUUACUGAAGUUCGGCCUCCUUCGCUCGCUUUCACAAUGCCGGCCAAGUCGAGAUUCACCAGGCUCGAUGCCUUUACCAAAACUGUCGACGAAGCGCGCAUCCGUACGUCAUCCGGCGGCAUUAUCACCAUCGUCUCGCUUUUCGUCGUUUUAUGGCUGGCUUGGGGAGAAUGGACCGAUUACCGAAGGAUAGAGAUCCAUCCAGAGCUGGUGGUGGACAAGGGACGAGGCGAGCGGAUGGAAAUACAUCUUAACAUUACCUUCCCCAAGAUGCCAUGCGAGCUCCUGACCCUCGACGUUAUGGAUGUUUCCGGCGAACAACAACACGGAAUCGUCUCCGGUAUCAACAAGGUCCGCCUGAAGCCACAGAAGGAGGGCGGGGGCGAAAUAGACAAGCGGUCUCUAAAGCUUCACGAUGACGAAGAUUCCGCGACUCACCUCGACCCCAACUACUGCGGUCCCUGCUAUGGCGCCCCAGCCCCCGCCAACGCCGUGAAGCCGGGCUGCUGCAACACGUGCGACGAGGUGCGCGAGGCGUACGCCCAGGCGUCGUGGGGUUUCGGCCGCGGAGAAAACGUCGAGCAGUGUACACGGGAGCAUUACACCGAACGUCUGGACGAGCAGCGCCAGGAGGGAUGCCGCAUCGAGGGCGACUUGCGCGUCAACAAGGUCGUCGGGAACUUCCACGUCGCCCCGGGCCGCAGCUUCAGCAACGGCAACAUGCACGUCCACGACCUCAAGAACUACUGGGACAAGGAAACCUCCCAUGACUUCACCCACAUCAUCCACCACCUUCGUUUCGGGCCCCAGCUCCCGGACUCGGUCGCGCGCAGUGUCGCAAAGACGUUUUUGCCCGGGUCCAACAAGGGCAUGAACCCGCUCGAUGACACCCGCCAGAACACUGACGACCCUAACUUCAACUUUAUCUAUUUCGUCAAGAUUGUUCCCACAUCGUAUCUCCCUCUCGGCUGGGAGAACAAGGGCGGCUACUUCCAGCAGGACGACAAUGUUGUCCUUGGUUCCUACGGCCGCGGCAGCGACGGCAGUAUCGAAACCCACCAGUACUCGGUCACCAGCCACAAGCGGAGUCUUGCCGGCGGCGACGAUUCUGCCGAGGGCCAUGCGGAGCGUCUUCACUCCCGAGGCGGCAUUCCGGGUGUCUUCUUCUCCUAUGAUAUCUCCCCCAUGAAGGUCAUCAACCGCGAAGAGCGGGUCAAGACAUUUACCGGAUUUCUUACCGGUCUCUGCGCUGUUAUCGGCGGUACCCUGACCGUCGCUGCCGCGAUUGACAGGGGUUUCUUCGAGGGUUCCACCCGGCUCAAGAAGGUACUGUCGAAGGAGGCCUGAUGGGUGAGUGUUGCAUGUAUGUGGGCUUCGGUAUUAGAGCGAGGGAGAGCGCAUAUAAACGAAGUAGUGUGAAAGCAAGGGAUUAAGAUGCAGGCGUGGCGGUGGAUGCAUAUUCAGAGCAUGUGAGGGUAUGAUAAGCGUAGUUCUACGGAACAUGUUAUUGAUUUUAGUUGUAAAACUUUCUUGCAUAACUGGCUCUACGACACCAUGACAUACUCCUGGAUUUUUUAAGAAAUGAGGAUGGGAGUUCGUAUUUGCUCUCUUGCAUUUUCAAGAUUGCGAUGCGCGCUGUUUCGCUCUUCGUAGAGUCCGUCCACCAGCAAGCAUCACAUAAGAUCGCCUCUUUCCC